GACGCUGCCUUUCGCCCUCGGGACGUCGUAACGUUGCAUUCCUCCAGUCCCUUGCCUCCUCCCUCUUUCUUCCCCUCGGGAGAAGCUCAGUCCCGGACUUCGGCAGGCCUUUUACGACAUUGGAUCUCAGUCGGUCUCGGCGCCGGGUCCACUUUUCGGCAAAGUGACGUGGACGUCAACAGCAAUGGCGGAAGGAGAAGAGGUGCUGCCACUGCCGACGUCGAGCGGGGACGGCUGGGAAAAAGAUCUUGAAGAAGCUCUGGAAGCAGGAGGCUGUGAUCUUGAAACUUUGAGAAAUAUAAUUCAAGGUAGACCACUACCUGCUGAUCUGAGGGCCAAAGUUUGGAAGAUUGCUCUGAAUGUUGCAGGAAAAGGCGACAGUUUGGCAUCAUGGGAUGGUAUUUUAGACCUGCCAGAACAGAGCACUAUUCACAAAGAUUGCCAAGAGUUUAUUGACCAGCUUUCAGUGCCAGAAGAGAAGACAGCAGAAUUACUUUUGGAUAUUGAAUCUGUAAUUACCUUUUAUUGUAAAUCACGUAACGUUAAAUACAACACAUCCCUUAGCUGGAUACAUCUACUCAAACCGUUGGUGCAUCUUCAACUUCCACGCAGCGAUUUAUACAACUGCUUUUACGCUAUCAUGAAUAAGUACAUUCCCAGGGAUUGUUUCCUGAAGGGGAGACCAUUUCAUCUCUUCCGCUUCCUCAUCCAGUACCAUGAACCUGAGCUUUGUUCUUUUCUUGAUACAAAGAAAAUUACUCCAGACUCCUAUGCACUCAACUGGCUUGGAAGCCUUUUUGCCUGUUACUGUUCCAUUGAAGUCACUCAGUCAAUAUGGGAUGGCUAUCUCCAACAAGCAGAUCCAUUUUUUAUUUACUUCUUAAUGUUAAUUAUCCUUGUUAAUGCAAAAGAAGUUAUUUUAGCACAAGAGUCAGACAGCAAGGAAGAAGUUAUCCAAUUUUUGGAAAAUACCCCAUCCAGUUUGAAUCUAGAAGAUAUAGAAGACCUUUUUUCUCUGGCUCAGUAUUAUUGCAGUAAAACACCAGCUUCUUUUAGGAAGGAUAAUCACCAUCUCUUUGGUAGUACAUUGUUGGGGAUUAAGGAUGAUGAUGGAGAUCUGAGUCAGGCACUUUGUCUGGCUGUCUCAGUGUCAGAGAUCCUUCAAGCGAAUCAGCUGCAAGGGGAAGGAGUGCGGUUCUUCGUGGUGGAUUGCCGUCCUGCAGAACAGUAUAAUGCUGGGCAUUUAUCAACUGCUUUCCACUUAGAUUCAGAUCUGAUGCUCCAGAAUCCAUCUGAGUUUGCGCAGUCUGUCAAAUCUUUGCUGGAAGCACAGAAGCAAUCUAUUGAGUCUGGCUCUAUAGCUGGCGGGGAGCACCUCUGUUUUAUGGGCAGCGGCAGGGAGGAAGAAGACAUGUAUAUGAACAUGGUCCUGGCACACUUUUUACAGAAAAACAAAGAAUAUGUGAGUAUUGCCAGUGGAGGAUUUAUGGCAUUGCAACAGCACCUGGCAGACAUUAACGUGGAUGGACCAGAAAAUGGAUAUGGUCAUUGGAUUGCUAGCACCUCAGGCUCAAGAAGCAGUAUCAGUUCUUCUGUUGACGGUGAAUCUUCUAAUGGCUCAAAUGAUAGAGGAAUGAAAUCACUAGUAAAUAAAAUGACUGUGGCCUUGAAGACGAAAUCUGUUAAUGUCAGGGAAAAAGUUAUCAGUUUUAUUGAGAAUACAUCCACUCCUGUGGACCGAAUGUCUUUCAAUCUUCCUUGGCCAGACAGAUCAUGUACAGAGCGGCAUGUGAGCAGCAGUGACAGAGUGGGCAAGCCUUACCGUGGGGUGAAGCCUGUUUUCAGCAUUGGGGAUGAAGAAGAGUACGACACAGAUGAAAUUGACAGUUCUUCAAUGUCAGAUGAUGAUAGAAAAGAGGUUGUAAACAUUCAGACUUGGAUAAACAAGCCAGAUGUCAAGCAUCAUUUUCCUUGUAAAGAAGUGAAAGAAAGUGGACACAUGUUUCCUAGUCAUCUGUUGGUUACUGCAACACAUAUGUACUGUUUAAGAGAGAUUCUUUCACGGAAAGGAUUGGCUUAUAUACAGUCUCGACAAGCACUAAAUUCUGUAGUUAAAAUUACAUCCAAAAAAAAACAUCCUGAGCUAAUUACCUUCAAGUAUGGAAACAGCAAUCCUUCAGGAAUAGAAAUCUUGGCAAUUGAAAGGUACUUGAUUCCAAAUGCAGGGGAUGCCACCAAAGCAAUAAAACAACAGAUCAUGAAAGUUUUGGAUGCUUUGGAAAGUUAAUAUAGAAGAAAAUUAUUUAAUAAGAAAUUAAGGCAACCAAGAGAAACAUGGACAUAUAUUUUCUGACUGAAUACUAACUGGAGCCCUGUCAUUGACUCAGGGGGGCGCUUGAAUAACAGGUCUAAGAAAGUGUAAAUUAUUAUAAUCAAUCUCUGGACAGCUAUACUUUUUUUAAUUUUCUUUUUGCAUUUUCGGUUUUAUAAAAUGAUUUAUUAUGAAGGUCGGUUAUUCAGUGACUCUGAAGUAACUGACCCCGUGCCCUUGUGGACUAAGGGUGCAGAAUGCGGUUCUGUUUUGAAGAGCUGUUUUAAGGGAACAUGCAUCAUUUUCAGGUUUCAAACAACCUUACACAUAUGUAUUUGCAAAGUCUUCACUGAAAAUUAGAGAGAAUUUGUUAGAGACUUCCUUAAUUGCCACAUUUAGUUUUACCCACUGAGCAGUUACCAGAAAGUGAAAACAUAGGUUAAUAAUUAGCUCACUGUUUCUGUUCUUAUUAUAAACAGUGAAAUCUUCUAAUGAACUGGAUGAAAAUUUCACCCAACUCAAAAUACAGUUGAUUUUGUUGAAAAUUGAAUGUUGAAACCUAUUUCUAAUCAUCUUUGCUCCUUUGGCUAAUUAUUUAGACACUAAUUGCUUCAGAAAUACUAAACUUCAUCUUAAUGGUUUCUAAGAAGCAGUUAAAAGCAUUACAAUAAGUAGGUAGGCAUGUUAAGAUUAAAAUUAACAUUUUGGGGACAGAAUCAUAUCUGUAAAAGUAUCAUUGGUAUUUAUUUUACAGGUGAAUUACUUGAUGUAGGAUAUUUCAAAAAGUUUUUAGCACAAGUCGAUUUAUCCUCACUGAGAUCUUGAUCUGUGACCACACUAAUAUCCACUUAAAUAAAAGCUAAUAUUUAAAGAGCUAUUGAUCCCCUACAACUGUUGUUAUCAUCACUUUCUGAAAUUUCUUUCUCUUUGGUUUUGUCCUCUCAUUAAAGUUCUGGUGGCUUGAAAAUUAUUUUUCAUUUUUAAAUAUGAAAAAACUGAAAGCGAUCUUUUUUGUGUGUCUUUCUCAAUUUAAUUUAUUGAGGUCCAAAUUAGGCCUAGUUGGUAAGAGAAAUCCAGGAGCAUAUUAAGGACUCGAAUGACUUUGUAAAAAUCUGUUUGGAAAGUAGCAUACUCACAGUCUGCUGUGUCCUGCAGUGUGAUGGAUUAUCUCUCAAGGGUUGAUAAAAAUAUUGAUGCAUCCAGUUAACAGCCCGUCACUUUAAUUUAUAUAAUGGAAAUCAAGCGAUUUAAAGGAACAUAAUUCAUGAAAUUUUAUUCUAAUAUCUAAAAGCAGUUUGAGUGGUUGAAGACAUUUGCAUGAAAUUGCACUUGGUGCAGUACUUGGUAUUUAUAACUCUCCUCUAAAAUUGUCGUAUUGAAUUUUUUUCCCUUUUCUCAGCAUCCCCUUUAGAAAUGUCCUGAAGUCUCAUUUUUCACCCAUUUCAGCCAUGAGACUUUUUUCAUAAUAUUAAUGUAAAGAUGUUUGUGUUACUGUUUAUAAAUUACAAUUGUAAAUAAACCAAUACAGUUUGCUCAGAA